UAUCCAAGAGUUUACUGUACAGCAAUUUUUUUUGGAUAAUAAUAAGAAUAUCUAAAUGCCCUAGCUGUGAUCAGGGCAGGGUGUGGGCUCUAAACACAAACUAAAUGCACAUGAUGGAGGAGAUGAACUUCUCCUGGAACAUGAUAACUUUUCCAGUCCUCUCGCAGGUUAAAACCGCUUCUCGACAUAAACGCAGCUUUCUUCCGUUUUUCCAUGUCAUUUCCUGUAAUAAAAAAAAGAUGGUGGUCAAAGCUGCGAGAAGCAGCUGACUCGUUAGAAAAGAUGUGAGGAGCUGAAAGUUUGGCUCUCUCCUAGGCUAGUUUGAUCAGCCGGAGGUCGGGGUGCGAGUCGCCGCGACUGAUGCCCAGCAGGGAAAGCGAGGAGCUCGGGACGGACCGCGUCUUGUCUUGUGCACAAGCCAUAAGAUGUUUGCAUGAAAACAGGUCAGGGUUUAGCCCUUCAUCCUGCAUUGACCAUGGAGGACUCUGCUGCCUUUCACACUGAGCCAUGUAUGGAAACUGAGCCAGAAUGCAGUACAGGUGCUGUCAUUGAUGGAUCUUCUGAGGAGCCUAAAGAGAAAAAAGUGAACCAUGAGCGUCGUGUGAAUGUGGAACAACGAAACGUUGAUUGCUGGUUCUGUGAAGAAUGUAAGGAGUAUUUCCUUGAGGAAUGUCGAAUUCAUGGUUCGCCUGUCUUUGUGCCUGAUACACCCACUGCGCUCGGAGUGCCUGAUCGUGCAGUUCUCACUGUGCCUUCCGGGAUUCAGAUCGUUGGAGAAGGUCAGGACGUGGAUGUGUGCUGCAUGGAUGAGAAUAUCCCUAAGGGAGCUCUGUUUGGCCCGUACCAAGGCCAGCUUAUAGGAGCCCACGACAAACCGUCAGGAAAAUACUCCUGGAUGAUUGUCUGCGAAGGUAACGCCUACAAAACCAUUGAUGGCUGUGAUGUAACUAUAGCAAACUGGAUGAGGUACAUCCGGAUGUCUUCAGAGGAGGGCGAGAGAAACUUGAGUGCGUUCCAGCAUGGUGAGCAUAUUUACUUCCGUGUGUGUCGCAGAAUGGCGGCCGGGGAGAAGCUUCGUGUUUGGUACAGUGAUGAGUACACAAAGCGUCUACAGAGUAUGACCCAGGACAGCACCAACCGCAAGCCAGACACAGGUCUAAAUUCAGUAGACAUCACCCAACACCAAGAAGAAGCCAAGGGCCCACUCCUACGCUCAAGUUUACAUGGAAGGAGAACCUUUAUAAAACACGGGAGCGACGAGGCAGACAGCCAGCCUCAAGUGAAGAAGAAAAAAAUCGAUCUCAUAUUCAAAGAUGUUGUAGAGGCAUCCCUGGAAGCAAGCCAAUGUCAAGACAAUCCAUUAAACAGCACUCUAUCGUUACCAAGACCAAAGGGCAGCAAUGUCUUUAGCCAAUCCAGUACAUUUUCACCAAAUGUUAUGGAGACAAUCAUGGGCCAGACGGAGAGAAAAGUGCCUCUUGCGCCAUGUGGACUUGUGCCUGUAAAGCAGCUAGAGACUAGUCUUGAAAGAUAUGUCAAAGUAGAGGAUGUACAGGAAGAGCCUACGAUGAUUAGUGAAGGGCCAUCCACAUCUUUUUGCCCAAACUGUGUUAGACUGAAGAGACGUAUACGUGAACUGGAAGCAGAGCUGCUUCAUUUUAAACAGCAAGAGCAGACAGAGACUUUGGGCUUGACGCCAUCUGAAUCCUUGCCGACUGAUGACCUGAGAGUGGUCGAGGCGAUGACACCCAUUACAACUGUUAUGGAAGAGGAUGACCAGGAUGUUGACUCUGCGGAUGAAUCCAUAACUGCGGACAUGAUCGUAGCGGCCGACGACUCCUCAAAACUGUCUGUUAGCCCAGGUCGCCGAAUCCGCCGCUUUAAACAAGAGUGGCUAAAGAAAUUCUGGUUCUUACGUUAUUCCCCGACAUUGAAUGAGAUGUGGUGCCACGUGUGCCGGCAGUAUACUGUACAAUCAUCAAGGACUUCGGCUUUCAUUAUCGGGUCCAAGCAGUUCAAAAUCCACACCAUCAAGCUUCACAGCCAGAGCAAUCUCCACAAAAAGUGUCUGCAGUUAUACAAGUUACGCAUGCAUCCUGAGAAGACAGAAGAGAUGUGUCGGAACAUGAUGACGCUGUUUAAUGCUGCUUACCAUCUUGCUGUUGAAGGACGGCCGUAUUCUGACAUCCGGCCGUUGGCUGAGCUGUUAAAAAAGUGUGAACUAAAAGUAGUUGAUCAGUACAUGAACGAGAGCGACUGCCAGAUUCUUAUUCACCAUAUUUCCCGAGCAUUUAAAGAAGACUUGGUAGAGAAGAUCCGUCUCUCACCUUACCUUGGUGUAAUCAUGGAUGGGCAGAAUGAUGAUUUGCUAGCAGACACCGUUGCAGUUUACGUGCAGUUCAUUUCCACAGAGGGCCCAACGGCUACUGAAUUUGUCUCUUUGCAGAGACUGAGUGGUAGCAGUGUAGAUGGAUACCUUCAAGCUAUUGACUGUGCCUUUGGUGUCCUAGGUCUACGGCUGCAGGACAUGCUUGUGGUUGGUUUAGGAAUUGAUGGUUCCAACAUCUCUUCUAGCCUUCGGACAAACCUCUAUGUAGCCAUACGAAAGAUUUUCCCGUUUAUCUUAUGUCUUCCAGUAAUGAUCCAUCGUCCCCAUCUAGAGAUACUGGAUUCCAUCUGUGGCAAGGAGCUGUCGUGUUUAGAUGACUUGGAGACCAACUUAAAGCAUUUGUUAAGCUUUUAUCGAUACUCCCCUCGUAUGAUGACCGAACUGAGGUCAACAGCACCUACUCUGUCUGAGGAGACAGAGUUCCUUGGGGACAUACGAGCAGUUCGGUGGAUCAUAGGCGAGCCUAAUGUCCUAAAUGCCCUCAUCAAGGACUAUCUAGAAGUGGUGAGCCAUCUUAAAGGCAUCAGCGGUCAGACCCAAAGGGCAGACGCAGCCGCCAUUGCUCUUUCUCUCUUGCAGUUCCUUAUGGAUUACCAGUCUGUGAAGCUUAUCUAUUUCCUUUUGGAUAUCAUUGCUAUCCUGUCACGCCUCGCCUUUAUUUUUCAGGGAGAUUAUCUACUAGUUUCUCAAGUGGAUGCCAAGAUUGUGGAAGCCAUUCAUGAGAUCGGUCAGCUAGUCGACUCGCCAGGAGAGUACCUGCAAGAGUUUGAGGACAAUUUCCGUGAGAGCUUCAACGGAGUAGAGCUCAAGAACCUGCGGGUGGCCGAAUCGAAGUUCCAGUCCAUCCGAGAAAAAAUCUGCCAAAAGACCCAGGGAAUUUUGGCCCAGCGCAUUGAUCAGAACAGCCAUUCUGUCGUGCAGGCUUGCAAGGUGCUUGACCUGUCUUCAUGGCCACACAAUCGGGAGGAUCUCCAAACCUAUGGAGAGGAAGAGAUCGACCUCAUUUUUGACCACCUGGAGACAAUUCCCUUAUCAGGUCGGGAGCUGUUGCACACAGACAGAGUGGAUUUACGAGCAAGCCUGAUAAGAGAAUGGAGGGAUCUCAAAGCCGACUACUUCAGCAUGAAUGGCUUUAAGGAAGUAAUGAGUCAUGUCUGCAAAUAUAAGCAGCGAUUUCCCUUGCUCAAUCAAAUCCUGCAGUUGUUGAAGGUUUUGCCAACAUCGACUGUCUGCUGUGACAAAGGACGGGAGUCUUUACACAAAGUAAGAAGGAAUAACCACUCCAGACUUACUCUGGAACAGAUGAAUGACCUGCUUACGUUGGCUGUCAACGGGCCACCUAUUGCCAGCUUUGAUGGCAAGAGGCCACUAGACAGCUGGUUUGAGGAAAAGUCGGGGAAUAGUUACACACUUUCUGCAGAAGUGUUGAGCAGACUGUCCAACACUGAACAAAAACCUGUGCUGCACUCCAUGGAUGUGAAUUCAGAAUUUUAUCCUGGUAUUUGAACAGAACCUGCAUUUCAGCCAAUAAUAUUCCAAAAAGCCAUCUCAGUGGGCGUGAGCUGACCAAGGGCUGUUAUGUGAUUGGCCAAUAUGAAUGACAUUGGCUCUGCUGCUACAAUGGCCUGGUCAGCAAUCAUUAUUCAUUUAUAAAAAAAAUAGUAUGAAUGCCUUUGCAGGCCUUUGGCACUUACACACUUAAACCUAUUUGGGAAUGUGUAAUUAUUUUAUGUGAUUUGAUGUUCCAAAGAAAAGAAAGCACUUAUUGUUAGGUUGGAUGAAAUGAUUAGCUGAAAUCUAUAAUAAUGGAUAUUCCAUUUUGUGGAUUUUCUUUUUUGUUGUUAUUGUCACUUAUUAACUACAGUGUGUCCAAUAUUUGCUUGAAUAUGCACAGUUACGCCUGAGUUGUUUGUAUACCGGAAAACCUGGUUCUUUCUACUAUAAACUAUAUAGUUUUUCAUCAUAUGAGAAUCAUGUAAGCUUUUAAUUAUCCCAUGUUUAUAUGCUGUUAAUCACGUAUUUAUGUCAAAAAAGAUUUUGCAACCAUUCUUGCUAAUAAGCUUUCUCUAAUAACUGAAAUCGAUUGUUUAAAGGUAAUAGCAUUAUUUUGAAUAAUCAAAGUAUUCAAAGUAAAUCAAAGUAAUUUUCUUGUUGUUUGUUUUUUUGCUUUAGAGAACCAUUAUAAUAAAGAAUUAAGGGACAUAACACAUUAUGAAAUUGUAGCCCUGCAUGACGCAGUUUAUUGCCAAUCAUCAAGCUGUUUGGAAUGCAAUAUGCAAGAUGUUCAUGCCUUAUAAUCAAUUUUAUUCUCAACUUAAUGUUUUUUUCAUGGUAUCUUCUUCUAUUUAAGACUAUAUACUCUCUGUCAGUGAGAUAAUGUCUGGAACAUUUCAACAUCCAAGCAAAUCUUUUACAGACAGUUUUAAUGGUGCAAGAGCAAAGAUUCUGUAAACAUGGUACCGUGCUUGAGUACCUUAAUUCUGUUAUGUGUUGGACUAUAUCAUUUUACAAUAUAUAUACAUACACACUUCUUCUUCUUCUUCUUCUUUUUUUUCUUUUUUUUUGGACUUACCACUAAAUAUUAUUGUUAAUAUGUGCAAUGUAUUAUUACACUUUUCUUGUCAGAUUCAAAGUACUAAAGAGUUUAUGACACUUUAUGCUCUGGUGAGGAACUUUACAAUACCUGAACAUGAUAAUGAAAUUAGAUUUUGUUUAUUAUUAUUAUUACUGAUCGCAGGUGAUUUUAUUGAGCAUUCAUAAUGACAAGAAAAUGAACAGAAUUUGUGAUGCUGCUUUUAAAAAAAGAAAAGUCUUAAUCGUUAUUGCCAAAGUUUCUACUGAAAUACUGAGUAUGCCCUUCAAGUCGUAUUAAUUUUUUGCAAUCAUUUUUAAUUGUGUUUUCUGAUCUAUCGCAUUUUAAAGGGCACAUAAAUGGAGAAUAUGGCCUUAUGCAGUAUAAAGUGUUAAAAUUUGUCUUGUGACAAAUUUGAUACAGUAAUAUUGCAUGUUAUCUGCACAGUUAGAUUUUUGUUUAACAAAGAUUUGUAUGCAAGUAUUGAUGAACUACAGUGGUAUUUUGUAAUAUUGGCAUUUUACAGAUCUAUAAAACCAGGCAUGUUAUAUUACUGAUAGCUUCAGAAAGGUUUUUCACACUUUAUUUUUUCUCUUGCAGUUUGAUUAUUAUUAUUAUUAUUAUUAUUAUUAUUAUUAAUGCAGAUCAGAUACUGUGUGUGAAAAGCUUUACUUCAAAAUAAUUAAAUUUGUUCCAGAAAUAUUCAAUGCAUUUUCUGAUAAACUAUUGUACUUCCAAAAAUGCGUAUUAGCUGCAUACGUUUUUCUUUAUUUAAAUAAUGAGCGCUUAAUGCCAUAGCAUUCCUUGAUUUUAGUUCUGGUUAAGGUCCAGUUUAAUGGUGAAAUGUUUUACUACAGAGUAAUCCUGCAGUAUGAUUAGGUUGUUAUUUGUUGAUGAAUGUACAGACUGUUACCUCAGAUGUGUCAUGAAAUGGAUAAUUUUGGUACCUAGCUGUAUUAUUCUACCAAAUGUAAUGUUGCAGCGUUUUAAUCUUUUUAUUUGUUAAGUGUUUUCUUUUUUCAUGAUGGUCUGGUACAGCCAUCAUCGCACAUGUCUUCCUGGUUUAGAGAAUAAUUGGGAUUUUUGGAUGGGAAUUUACCUUCUCUUUUCUUUUUUUAUAACUUACUUUCUUUUUAUCUUUUAUUUUUGGCACAAAGACACACAUUUGCUUGUAUCUUAAUAGUCAGAAUGUUGAAACUAUUUUAUGUCUCCUGUUCUUUAAAUAUCAUAAAAGAAAUGUAGAAAACCUUUAUAUGAUUUACAUCAUUUAAGGUAUUUAUAGUAUUUUGUAUUGAUACAAUACUUUAUGAUGUUGUAGGUGUUUUGUUUGAAUCAGCAGAAAAGGAACAAAACAUGUCUGAUUGUAGGUUCAUGUUCAAAUCUUUCAGUGUGAAUGAUGCAUUUAAGUAUUUGUUCUUUUCUUUUUUUUUAUGAAUCGUGUCAUUAAAAUAUCAGCACCAACAUUUACACAGCUCUAUACAUCACAGACUUGGGAUUUUGCAUGAAUACAUUGUAACACUGGAAAUCAUACAAAACUAUAAAAGUAUAUGUGAACUUAAGGAGUGAGUUGCAUAUAUAUGUGUGAGAUUGUGUACUAUAUAUGGCCACUCAAAAUGCAAGCUUAAUAAUAUAUUAUUCCACCUAUAACAGUUUAAUAAAGCUGUUUUGUAUUUUA